AUGAUAGAGUACCACGGCUACCACGGUGGCCAGGUCUAUUUGGCAGAGUACCUGUUUACACGACUGUAUCAGGUGGGUGUUCGAAGCGUGCAUGGCGUGCCUGGCGACUACAACCUGACAUCGCUCGACUUCAUUGAGCCUGCGGGACUUCACUGGGUUGGCAAUGCAAACGAACUCAACGCUGGAUACGCUGCCGAUGGCUAUGGGCGCAUCAACGGCAUAUCUGCAUUGGUGACGGCUUUUGGAGUCGGGGAGCUUUCAGCCCUUAAUGCCAUUGGAGGUGCAUUUGCUGAGAGAGUACCUGUGGUUCAUGUUGUUGGCACCCCAGCAACACACGCACAGAAUUCACAGAGUAUUUUGCACCACUCACUUGGUGAUGGCAACUUCAGGGUUUUUGCACGCAUCUACAAAGACUUCACAUGUGCGCAGGCAAACUUGACCAAUCCAAAAACUGCACCCGAGGAAAUUGACCGAGUUAUCCUACAAUGCUUGAAGCAAAGUCGCCCAGUCUAUAUCGAACUCCCAACGGAUCUCGUCAAGGCCAAGGUGUACUCACAUCGUCUGAACCAGAGUCUCAAAGUCCUCUUGAUCGAAAAUUGCCCGAAUAUUGAGGAAGAUCUUAUCAAAGAACUAUGCCAACGGAUACAAAACACCAGACGGCCGUCGUUCAUUGUAGACGGCUUCACCCGUCAGGCUGACAUGCUCGAGGAAAUGAAUAAGUUUAUUUACAUCACCGGAUAUCCAACCUAUGUCACCCCAUCUGGAAAAGGUCGUGUCAACGAGUCAUUCCCUAAUUUUCGUGGAACAUACAUGGGGUCAGUCGGGAAAGAUGUUCAUGUGGAGUGGGUGAACUCUUGUGAUUUGGUCAUUCGAUUCGGCCCUCUUGAUGCCGAUACCAACACGUACGGAUUCACCACGCUCACGAACCGAAAGAUCACCAUUGAUAUCAAUGAAACUUCAAUUAAUAUGCAAGGAGUGCUUUACGACAACCUCAACACAAAGAUUCUGCUUCAAAAACUGUUUGCCAUGGUAUACCACCUUGGAAGGUCGUCUCUUCUAGAGCCGUAUCCAAAACUGGGGAAUCCCCGUAGAGACCGAAUUCAGUCACUCUUGCCUCCCAUGGAAGAUGGUCUAAUCGAACAGAAAACUUUUUGGACGCGUAUAUCGGAUUUUCUGAAACCCAACGAUGUCAUUCUGACAGAGACAGGGACACCUUCGUCCGGCGGACAGGAUCUGAUUCUACCUCCUGCAACAACGAUGAUCAACUCGGCAAUAUGGCUAUCCAUUGGCUAUACCCUCGCAGCCUCAGUUGGCGUGGCUCUUGCUCAGCGAGACCUGGUGGCGGAAAAGAAGCGUCCUGAAGGGCGUACAAUCGUGUUUCAAGGAGAUGGGAGUUUUCAAAUGACUGCUCAAUCCAUCAGUGACGUCUUUCGCAAUCGGCUCAACUUGACUAUUUUCCUCAUCAACAACGAUGGCUAUACGAUCGAGAGGCAUAUCCACGGCAUGACAGCUGGGUACAACGAUGUCCACCCGUGGAAUUACCUCGAUGCGCCGCAUUUCUUCGGAGCGCCCGAAGACUAUCCAGUGUUUACCAGACGUGUCGUCAAUUGGGGGGAGCUGCGAGAUGUUAUGAAGGAGAAACAACUGAUAGAAGGAAAGGGCUUCAACAUGGUGGAGGUGGUCAUGGGACAGCAGGAUGCUCCUGAAUCCCUAAGAGGCCUCGUUCGUCUCGUCUGCGAGAGGGAUGGAGAAUGGGAAGAAUAUUAG